AUGGUAUUUCUCUUAGGUGGUGGAUUCGAAGGUGAUAUGAUUUUAACAGACGGAUUUGAUCCAACAAUUCCAUCAAAUGGAAAAGGUGUAGCUAUUUAUGGACCUCGUCGUUGGCCAAACAAUAUCAUUCCAUACGAUAUUUCGUUAAUUACAAAUGCUGCACAUCGUACUAUGAUUGAAGAAGCAAUCAAUAUACUGAUGAACACUACCAGCGUACCCAUUGCAGGAUCAACAGCACGCAAACAAUGUAUUACUUUUCGACCAAAAACAUCAAAUGAUCAAGCUUUUCUUAAAAUUCAGUAUGGAACUGGUUGUAGUGCAACAGUAGGAUAUUCUACUGGUGAAAAAAAGUUAACAUUAGCCAAUCCUGGUUGUUUUCGUUCUGGUACUAUUCAACAUGAACUCAUACAUGUUCUUGGUUUUCGUCAUGAACAAUCGCGUCCUGAUCGUGAUUCAUAUAUUACGAUCAAUCAUCCCAAUAUUCAAUCAGGCAAAGAACAUAACUUUAACAAAUAUACUUGGGGAGUCACUGUUUUAGAUCAAAAUUCACCCUAUGAUUUUGCCAGUAUAAUGCACUAUGGUGCUACUGCUUUUAGUUCAAAUGGACAACCAACUAUUAUACCAAAACAAACAAAUGUAAGAAUUGGUCAAAGAGAAAAACUUAGUGGAACAGAUAUUGAUGAAAUUCGUGCCUUUUAUGAUUGUUGA